CUAUAUCAUAAAGCAGCUUAUUGUCACCAUCACGUUCAAGCAAGGUCCGCCCGCUGCAGUCUCCAAGUUCUCAUGGCGACUGGUUGGAACCUCUAUGCGUUCAUUUUCGGCCUGGAAUAUCUGGAAGAUGAUGAGAAAGAGCAAUGCUUUUCGAUUCUGGACGGGCAAGGUUUCUCGGCACCGAGUAAGCGCCGAGCUUUCCUCGCUCUCGACGACGCCGACCUAGAGAAGUUAGGCAUCAGUCAGAUGAGCACGCGCAAGGCUCUGCUACUGGAACUUGCGGCCCCGCGCGCGGCGGCUGGCCUGGGGAGCGCGACCGGAAUGGGAGUUCAGACGACGGACACGUAUACGUACCUGCAGAAGUGCCUGCCUCCUUUCGACGCGCUCGCCCUGUGGGGCACACCGCUCCAUCUCCAGGAGUGCCUGGCUGCACGCAUAAGCCCUGCCCUCCCCGUGCCGGCGUCCGUGGCCAGACGCCUGUUCCUGCAGCACGCGGCGGGGCUUCAUUGGCCCCUGGUGUCGACGGCUGCCGCUCACGCGGCCGCAACGGCUGAGGCCCUGGCUACGCACGUUGGGCUCGUUAUGGACCUGGACCCCUACACCGGGUCGGAGAUGUACACUGCGCGCAACACCGGCAUCGUGGUGGAGGACACGCUGCGGCUCAUCAACAAGUACCGGUGGUCUGGGCCGCCCAUCACGCAGAUGGACCGGAACAAGGCAGGCACAAGCACGGCGACAACCGAGAGGAAGCGACCAGACUUCCUGUGCUGGGUCAAGGGGGCCCUGAUGUUCAAAGGCGAAGAGAAGGCGCUGUCGUCCGAGCUUCACCUUGCAAUCAGCGAGCUCACAAGCAAGAUGUCGACCGUGUGGGCAAAGGGGCUGCUGCCGCACUUGCAGCCGCCCUGCAUGCUGGCUUUCGCCGCGGCAGGCACGAUAUUGCAGUUCUUCUGCAUCCAGCAAAUACAGUCGGGCGGCGGCGGAGUGCAGGCGACGCCGAUCAGCGACAUGCUGGACCUGGCAACGGCUCCCGGUCGACUGCAGGCGUUGCUCUGCUCCUGCAACAUCUCGCGGCUGCUGGCGGGCUACGCUUCGCAAGCCCCCCUCGUGCCUCUGGAGAUGGGGCGGCUGGUGUCCUCGGAUGAUGGCAUGCGCACGUACUGCUUGCUUCCAGGCUGCUUCCGCAAAGUCAUUCGGGAGUUCGCCUCAGAGCACGCGCAGUACGGCAGCUUUGAGCUGCUCCAGUGCGUGUACCGCCAGAUGGCGCAGAAGAAGCACCGGAGCAAAAUCAUCCAGGCGUGCGACAUAGAUGGGCACAUCGGCCCGCGGCUGCUGGACAACACCUACACGGUGCAUCUGGCGCCGGUGGGGGAUCCCUGCUCAGGCCCACCCGCUGACCCGCUCGACCUGCCGUGUGCGGUGGCAGGCGUGCUGGGCGGCCUUGCAGCGCUGCAUAGCGAAGGCUUUGUGCACCGGGACGUCCGGUGGGCCAACGUCAUCUUCCUGCCCGCCGAGAAGCGAUGGCUCCUGAUCGACUUAGAUCACGCCGGCCGCAGCGGCUGCGACUGCAGUGGAGAGCCUUACCCGCUGCGGUUUUGGAGCAAGCGCACCCUCGACGACGGCAAGUACACGUUCCGCUCGGACCUGCGCAUGGCUGCGGAGCAGCUGCUGUGCGGACUGCCUUAUGACCUGGACGACGGCGGCAUAAACCUGCGGAUGCAGCUGCUGGAAGGCCAGCUCACGGCAACGCAAGCGCUGGAGCACGCAUGGCUGGCCCAGUACACGUCGUCGUCAGGGUGACUACCGUAUGUGCAUCGCGAGAGCGGUGGUGAUGGCUGAGUGCGCGGCGACUCGUGGCGCGGCGGUCUAUCUGGUGUGCAACUUUUGUGAAUUCCUGGCGCCGUCCCAAGUCCAGCGGUAGUCUUCAUACCGCAUGGGACUCGGCCUUGCCGAGCACGGAUGUGGGCGCUGGCUGGACGGGAGUCGCCAGCCGGAGAGUGCCAACGGCAUUCUGGAUGUAUGGCACGUACUGGCGAUGUCGACACGGGUGGUCGUGGCCCUUGGGGCCAGGGCCUGGGUGCGUGGCAGCUAGCGCCAUGCCGGCUUCAGAUGGGCGAGUUACACAUAAUGUCUCCAGGACCUAUAUUAUGAACGAGAUGUGGCCCAGGCGCUGCAGUUUGGCCACUAAUACGGCGCAGUUGGUGCGUAUUAUAUUUAGGUUUCCUAAGGAACCGGUAAAGGGUGCCAACCAAGGUGGUGUUGGUAGCUCUCGGGCACUGGUCGGGUACGCGCGUGCGGCUGCUGUUGGCAUGGCGACGACUGGUGUGCGGUGUAGAUUAGCGUGAAGGAACGCCCUGGGCCGCGGACUGGUGAACGGUGCAGCACAGCUAUGUGUACGAGGUGGCGACGCCAGCCAGCCCCGGCGUGAUGGCCAAGGGCAGCGCCCAGGGCAAGCGGUACACGUGGCAGAACGGUCAGAAUGAGCUGGCCGGCCGCGUGUGCAAGGGCUGCUACGCGGCACUCUGCAUUAAUUCGGUCGGCUGUGCACCCUCCGGGUCUGCGGCAUUGUGGUAGUCCUUGGCGUAGCCUCGAGUGUGAUGUUGCUGCGGUGGAGGAGGGGCGUGUGCGUAGGCCACCAGGGUUAGGAUGCAAGGGUAGUGUGAAGGAUGCAGAGGACGACAGGCAGGCUGGCAAGGGCAGUAGAAAGCUCAGGUUCUUUCCCCAUACUCAACCCUAUUGAGCUUCAGGAGAGCAUUACGCACGUACUUUCAGUUUUGUCAGGGGGAUUCCGGUGAGAGGUUCUGGGCCGCCAAAGUUGGGGGGUCUGUCCUCGUCCUGGGCAAAAGGGGGUCCAUUCUUGAAGUUGGUGAUCCGUCGGGUUUGGGGAGCCCAUCCUGGCGAUCUGGGAGCCCCCCCUGGCGGAUUUCUGGCAGCGCCCCACAAGCAGAACUAGGGCUCAAACGCAGCAGCACGAGGCUCAUAUGUGCAUGUUAUGAUGUAAUAAGCACAAACA